UGAGACACUGUGGUGGUCCUGUAAAUGAUAAAUCACUUCUUAUUCUAAACACCCAGAUGGCGGAUCGAGUGCUUGUGAUUGGAAGUGGAGGUCGAGAACAUGCUCUGGCUUGGAAACUGUCACAGUCUCCACAUGUGAAGCAGGUACUAGUCGCUCCAGGAAAUGCAGGAACAGCAAAUGAUGGGAAGAUCUCUAAUUCAGCUGUUUUAAUUAGUAACCAUACUAUUCUUGCCCAGUUCUGUAAAGAUCAUAAUAUCGGAUUUGUGAUUGCUGGACCAGAAGCGACACUUGCAGCUGGAAUUAUUGAUGACUUGAUAACAGCUGGAGUUAGAUGUUUUGGCCCUACUGCCCAGGUGGCACAACUGGGAACAGACAGGCAUUUUUGUAAGGUCUUUCUUGAUCAACAUGAAAUUCCCACAGCAAGAUGGAAGGCAUUUUCCAGUUCACAAGAAGCCUGCAUCUUUAUUAACAAUGCAGAUUUUCCUGCAUUGGUGGUAAAACCUAGUGGCUUUGGUCCUAGAAAAGAAGUAAUUCUUGCAUCAAACAAAGAAGCAGCUUGCAAGGCAACACGAGCAAUUCUACAGGACAACAUUUUUGGAGAUAAUCGAGAGACAAUUAUCAUUGAAGAACUUCUGAAAGGCGAAGAAUUUUCUUUUCUCUGUUUUGUGGAUGGAGUCACUUUUGCUUCCAUGCCACCAGUCCAGGUCCAGAAGCAGUUACUGGAUGGAGAUCAGGGUCCAAGUCCUGUUGGAAUGGGAGCAUAUGGGCCUGUGCCUCAGGUUCCUGAAGUUCUUCUGCAAAAAAUAAAAAGCACACUUCUUCAACACAUUAUUGACUGCCUGAAGCAAGAAGGCAUGUCAUAUGUAGGUGUGCUGCAAAUAGAAUUAAUACUUACAAAAGAUGGUGUGAAAGUCUUAAGCAUGGACUGUAACUUUGGUGACCCUCAGUGCCAGGUAGUUCUUCGACUUCUUAACCAUGAUCUAUAUGAAGUGAUCCAAGCUGCUAUCAAUAGCAGGCUCUGUGAUGCCACAUUAACUUGGCCAAAGAAUUUAACUGCUGUGUCAGUUGUCAUGGCAUGUGAAGGCUAUAGAGAAUGUUAUAAUAAAAAUACAGAGAUCACCGGUCUACUUCAGGCCAAGGAACUGGGCCUGGAGAUCUUUCAUGGAGCAACCAUAAUAAAGAAUGACAAAGUGUUAAUUAAUGGAAGCAGAGUCUUGACAGUAACAGCUAUCAAGCAAGACCUCAUGUCAGCACUUGAAGAAGCUUACAAAGGACUAGAAGUAAUUUAUUUCCAAGAUGCAAUAUACAGAAAGGAUGUUGGCUUUCUUGCUAUGAAGUUCCUUGGGCAGUCUGUGAGACCAUUACAUGAAGACAAAAUUGCUGAUUUUAUAUCUUGCAGUAUCUUGGUUCAUCCAUCUAAACUUCCAGCUGCAAGCAGUUCCAAAUCAGGCAGCCAUGAGCACCAACGAGGUACACCUGCCUUCUUUGAUUUGGGAGCAUCUGGUUAUAUUGAUCCCAUUCUAGUAUCCCAAACUAAAGGCAUUGGAACAAAACAGAAGAUUGCCCAACUAUGCAAUAAACAUGAUACAAUUGGUCAGGACUUGGUUGCCAUGUGUGUCAAUGAUAUCCUAGCUCAGGGAGCUGAGCCCCUCUUCUUCCUUGACCAUUUUGCCUAUGGAAAACUGGAUGCUGGAGUAUCUCAGGUGAUCACUGAGGGCAUAGCUGGAGCAUGUGAACUGGCAGGAUGUCAUCUCCUUGCAAGAGAGACCAGUGAAAUGUCUGGCACAUGGGCAGCUGGAGAAUAUAAUCUUGUUGGCUUUGCAGUUGGAGCUGUGGACCGAAGAAUGAGGCUUCCUCAGCAGGAGAAGAUUGCCAGUGGGGAUGUUCUCAUUGGAAUUGCUUCUUCUGGUCUUCACAGUCAAGGAUUCAACCUAGUGAGGAAAAUUAUUUUAGCAUCAUCGCCACACUAUUUAUCUUCAGUCCCUAGUGGUUGUGGCUCCUAUACUUUAGGAGAACAGUUGCUAACCCCAUCCAAAAUUUAUAGCAAAGCCCUGCUGCCUCUGUUCCAUUCAGGAAAUGUAAAAGCUUGUAUCCAUAUUGCUGAAAGGGGAUUGAUGGGGAGUUUUUCCAAAAUUCUUCCAGAAAAAUUUAGCAUAAUUUUGGAUGCCCAUCAUUGGAAGAUACCUUCAGUCUUUUCUUGGCUCCAAGAAGAGGGAAAUCUUUCAGAAAGGGAGAUGAUGCAAACAUUCAACUGCGGGAUUGGUGCUGUGCUGGUGGUUCAGAAGGAACUUGCUGGACAGGUUUUGAAGGAUGUCCAAAAAUAUGAGGAUGCAUGGCUGAUUGGGAAAGUCAUCCACCAUAUUUCAGGGUAUCCUCAGGUAGAAAUAAAAAAUCUCCUUGAAGUGUUGCUGCAAACUAAACACCUCUAUCUCAACAGUGUUUCCGCUGUAGAUGGGCAGCCCCAAAACAUGCAGAGAAAGAGCAAAGUGAAAGUGGCUGUUCUUAUUUCAGGAACAGAACCAGCAAGCAGUGCACAAAUAGUCCUUGUAAUUGCUGAUAGGUCUGGAGUGGAGGAAUUGAAGAAUGCAACCCUGGCUGGCAUCCCUACCAGAGUAAUUGACCAUAAGCUGUAUGGAAGCCGAUCAGAAUAUGAUGGCACAAUUGACAGAGUCCUUAAUGAAUUCUCUGUUGAGCUGAUUUGUCUUGCUAGAUUUACAAGGGUUUUGAGUAGUAACUUCCUCAGAAAAUGGAAUGGGAAAAUUUUGGGCACGUAUCCCUCACUUUCACAUUUAACCAGAGGAGGAAAUGCCCACAAGCUGGCAUAUUCAUCUACAGACAAAACUGCUGGCUGCACAGUGUAUUUUGUACUUGAGGAUACUAGCCUCGAAGCAGUAAUUUUACGAGAGCCUGCCUAUGUGAUGGCAGAAGACACACAGGAGACUUUGCUGGAAAAAGUCAAAGAAGCAGAAAGCAGAGCAUUUCCCAUUGCGCUGCAGCUGGUUGCUAGCGGAAUGGUGCGGCUGGCAAUGGACCGUAAAACCUAUUGAACCCAAGAAAGUCAGAAAUUGAUUCAUCAAAAGGAAAGCCAGGACAUUCCUAGUCUUAAAAUCAUCCAUGACAGUUAAAUACAGCCAUCAACAGUACUUUUGACAAUUACAAAAGCUAACCUUCUUAGUAUCUGGUUUCAAUCCUUCAGUCUCCUUUUGUUCAAGCACCAGAAUGUAGUGCUUUUCAUGUGCAAUCAAAGCCAUUCAGUUUCCUUUGCUAUAAUGGAUGCAUUAAGAUCAUUGUUGGCUCCUCAUGGUGAUGAAAGUGUGGUUCAGGAGCACUAUGAUCUAAAACCAAUUGCUGUUUCCAACCAGAGUAGACCUGUUGAAUUGAUAGAACUUACACAAAGGUUGACUUACCAAGUUCUCAUUAAUUUGGUGGGUCUAUUUUAGUUGUGACUGACUGGGUUUAGAUUAAUAUGGCCCACAACUGAUUUCACACCAAUGCUCAAGCAUUAUUACUGUAUUUUAACUUAUAUGUAUAUCUCUUUCUUUUCUUUCUUUCUGGUAAUUGUGGAGGCUGUAAUUCUCUGCCUUGCUUGUACUAUGUGACCAAAUGCUUCCUCUGGGAUCACCUGUUCUAUGUCUAGCUAUAAUCACAACUAAGGGAUGCAGUGGCUUAGUGGUUAAGAUGCCAAUUCUGACAGUCGUAAGGUCGUAUGGUUGGCAGUUCAAAGCCCAGAUGCCACAUGAUGGGGUGAGCUCCCGUCACU